AGCUCAAGCUGUCGCAGCUCAUCGACGUGAAUCUGAAGAACCAGAUAAUGACGACGAACUUGUGGGUCGAGCAGUCGUGGUACGACUACAAGCUGCGGUGGGAGCCCAAGGAGUACGGCGGCGUCCACAUGCUGCACGUGCCCUCCGACCACAUCUGGCGGCCAGACAUCGUCCUCUACAACAACGCCGACGGCAACUUCGAGGUGACGCUGGCGACCAAGGCGACCAUCUACCACCAGGGCCUCGUCGAGUGGAAGCCGCCCGCCAUCUACAAGUCCUCCUGCGAGAUCGACGUCGAGUAUUUCCCGUUUGACGAGCAGACGUGCGUGCUCAAAUUCGGUAGUUGGACCUAUGACGGGUUUAAGGUGGACCUGCGGCACAUGGAUGAGCAGGCGGGCUCCAACGUCGUGGAAGUGGGCGUCGACCUGUCCGAGUUCUACAUGUCCGUCGAGUGGGACAUCCUGGAGGUGCCUGCAGUCAGGAACGAGAAGUUCUACACGUGCUGUGACGAGCCGUACCUCGACAUCACGUUCAACAUCACGAUGCGCCGCAAGACGCUCUUCUACACGGUGAACAUCAUCAUCCCCUGCAUGGGCAUCUCGUUCCUCACCGUGCUCACAUUCUACCUGCCCUCCGACAGCGGGGAGAAGGUGACGCUGUCCAUCUCGAUCCUGAUUAGCCUGCACGUGUUCUUCCUGCUGGUGGUCGAGAUCAUCCCGCCCACGUCGCUGGUGGUGCCGCUACUCGGCAAGUACCUCAUCUUCGCCAUGAUCCUCGUCUCCAUCAGCAUCUGCGUGACGGUGGUCGUGCUCAACGUGCACUUCCGGUCGCCGCAGACGCACAAGAUGGCGCCCUGGGUGAAGCGCGUCUUCAUCCACAUCCUGCCCCGCCUGCUGGUGAUGCGCCGGCCGCAGUACCAGUUCGAGGCCACCAGCCUGCUGGACGGCGGGCUGCUGGGCGGCAGCUGCCAGGUGCACGGCCCCCUGGGAGCGGCACUGGAGGCAGAGAGACUGUCCGACGCAGAGGAGGCGUGCAAGAGCCCGCCCCCGCUGCCGCCACUGCCUCCACUGGGCCUGGGGCUGGCGGCGCCCCCACACCCCCAAGGGGCGCUGCGGAGUCCCCCAGCCUUCCCCCACUCUCGCUGUCCCCCGGAGGUGCACCGCUCCUGCUUCUGUGUGCGUUUCAUCGCUGAGCACACGCGCAUGCUCGAGGACUCCACCAAGGUGAAGGAGGACUGGAAGUACGUGGCGAUGGUGCUCGACCGGCUGUUCCUGUGGAUCUUCACACUGGCCGUGCUGGUGGGCACAGCGGGCAUCAUCCUACAGGCUCCCACGCUCUACGACGACAGAGUGCCCAUCGACAAGAAGUUCAGCGAGUUCGCCACGACCACCGUGGUACGCUGCCCUCCUCAGUAGGUGGCCGCCUCCCUCCUACCUCUCCCUGCGAUACUCCCGUCCACGAAGGCCACGGAACACUGUGCCAGCUGGGCUCGUGCAUUGCACCCGAUCCCUGCUCCCGACAUGCAGGUGCAACGCACAGAGCUCCAACGGUUUACUUGAUUCUGCAGACGAGUUUUUAGUAGCAUCACUAACGCCCCCAUGUCCUUCAUCGGCAUUGUUAUCGGCUAUUAGGUUCAUUCGAAGACUACGGCUUCGUUAGGUGUCUGAAAGCAGCCUCCACAUUCCUAUAAUUUUAACAAUUUAUUAGAACCUCCAACUGAAGACAAGUUUCUGGGAUGUAGGUCACUAUGCUUUAAAUGUCAUACCUUCCUCCAAAUUCACAACUGGCAGGCUCAUCAGAAAGCCAUGGGUACUAUCAGUACUCAGACAUUUCAAGAAAAUGACGCAGUUUUUCUGGCACUGUACCACAAUAGUCAACCAGUCCAAUAUUCUUCCAAUAUUUCCACUCAUUCACCUCUUCUUUACAAAUUCAUACCUUGCUUUCAUUCCGUUAUGAACAACACAGUCGGCAACACUUCACUAUUUCAUGCUAUAUAUUUCUGUAACAAAAAUUUUGUAGAUUGCAAGAAACUGAUAAAAAUACUCUGCUAAAUAUAUUAUCUUUUAUUUUUCUGGAAAUUCCAUCUUCAGUUAAUUUUCCUCUCACUUACACAAUAUUUUACAUAUAUUGUCAUAUAUUUUAUAUUCAGUAUCCAAAUAUAUGAUCUUUACUUGACAAUUUUUUCUGACUUACUCCACAUAUCUGUCAAGCUUCUUCGUGUACAGUAUCAGUCAGAACACUCAAACCCGAAAAGGGCAUGUACCCAUACCCUUCAUCAAUUCCCGUUAUGUUGCACUUUUUAAUCAGACAUAAAAUCCCAAAAACCAUACUGUUCUGCAGCUUCUUUAACUUACAUAAGCUACUUGACAUAAAGACACAUUUAAUAAGAAAAUAAUGCUUGUAACUCAGGGUAAAAUCAAAGUUACAAAAAAAUAUACAAGGUUAUUUCAGUGACAAGUCUCAAACUAUUAGAUAAUUUAUUGGCUAUCUGGGUUGAUAAGUAGGCAAAUUAUUGUGUGUCUUAGUUUUAUGUAGUGAGCAUUGUUGAAAGUGAUGUGCUGUUUUAGUGAAUCUGUGAUCUAUCUAAUAAUCAUCCUUAGCCAUGGUAUUUAGAUUUGUAGUAAUAGAGCUGUUUAGUAACAGUGACAGUGGAGGAAUGUAUGCACGAUUAAGUUACAAAUAUUAAAACCAAAACUUUCCUUUUUACAUAGUAUAAUUCAAACUAAUUAGACAUCUAUGCAGACUACAUUCAGAAAUAAUCACAAGUAUUUGCAAUCAAUCAUCGGUGAAUUUUACAUAGAAAAGAGGUACAGGAAUUCUCAUUACCAUAAGAUUUCUUAUUUUGUUGCCAACUUCAACCAAAUCAUAUUCAGUUUAUAGCAAUUACUAUGAGCUUGUUAAAUUUACCCACAGUCUCCAUUUGGUUAACAUUACAAGACAUAUUUAAAAUGUGCCUUUAUUUCCAAAUAUUUCAUAGCUGCAAGCUUUCACACCACUCUUCAUGUAUGUAACAGAGCUAUGUGCAUAAGAAAUGAACACGAGUUUGAAAGAAUAAUUAAUGCCUUCUAUAAUUUCUUGCUUGCUUGUUCACACUGGUUUUGGGGUAUGUUACAUGUGAUCAGUUGAAAUGACAUGAGAAAUAUAAGAACAUUAUAUUCAUACAAACCACUAACAUUCAACAAUGUCAGUCAUCAGAAAUUAUACAUUCAUUGUUCUAGUCAAUUAUGUAAUAUUAGUUGUACAGUUGUUCUAUUGUUAUCAUAUACAGAUAUUUACUUCCAUUUUUUGAGCAUGUGUCUUCCAUUGGGCAACUAAGCCUAUAUUUUAGUAUGAUUUAUGUGUUACUCUUAAAGCAAUAAUAUAAAAAUGCAUAAUUAGAGAGAGAAAUACAAAUAUUUUAACUAUUCAAGCAAUAAUUAUGUACUAAUAUGAACAUUGUCUUCUGGUUUAGACUUCAUACAAGUUUGUCUAAUAAUUUUCAUUAAAUAACAACAUAUAGACAACAUAAAUUAAAUAUUAUGUUAAUGUAGUCAGUUCAUGCACGUAAAAUUGUAUGUGAUUACUUUAUGAAUAAUUUCUGAUUCAACUGUAAAAUCAGAUUGAAGUAAAAGAAAUAGAAUGUAUACCAAAUAUGUGAAUAAAUUAUGAUAUAAAAACUAAUUAAAUAAAUACAACUAAAGACAUGACUUUUGAAGCAACAUACAUAAAACAAAGCAAAAUAUGAAAUGCUGAUUUGUGGAAAUCUGUUACCAAAACACUAUCCCAGUUACUGGCGAUGUAAAAUUUUAAUAUGCAUGAACAGAUGUAGCUACUAAACUCAUUUCAGCAUCAAAAUGGUUUUAAAACAACAACAAUGAGUAAGUGAACAAAAUAAAAUGUAAUACUAAUAAGUUUGGUUAGCACUAAAAAUUUUUUUCUAACUCCCAAAAGUAUUUACCAAAUUGGUUUUAUUUACUUAAUAAUACCAAUCAUUAAAAGAAUAUUAAUAUUGGUAUGUAGAUUGUCAUUGGCUGUAUCAUUAUUUUUAUUCUUGAGCUUAUUAAUAUUUUGCACUGUGCUUUCUAUGACUAUAGCUGAGCAUGUAGUGUGCUGGAAAGGAACAAGCAACAGGACAUUUUGCUGAGCCAUUGCAUGACUUAGUCAGCAAUGAGUAGCACUAAAAUAACGAAUUUGGCAUGCAAAAUUGAAAGGCAACAAAGGAAAACAGAGCAUAGAAAAAUGUGCAUGUUUUGGAAUGAAUUGAAUGAUGCUGAACUAAAAUACGAUAUUUUCUUACAGGGGAAAGUGUCUGUUAUGGAAUACCUUAACUAAAGGCACUAUUGGUGAAAUUGCACACAUUUCAUGGUACAGCUAAGGAUAUUAGCAAGUAGGACUGUGAGAUCUCUAUCCAUGCAACAGAUGAGUGAACACAGUCUUCGAAACUGACUUCUUUCUUCUGGCAUAGUUGUUCCUCUGAGGCUUGUAUUUGGCAAAUUAUUUAGAGGAAAAGAAGAAAAUUUCUCAAUAAUGGCCUAAUAUCUACUGAGAAUUGGAUAGCGUUCCCUCUGAUGGAGAAUGGAUCUUUGCAGCUAGUAAAUUCCUGGAUCCAGCAUCAAAGUUCUGACCUCUCAGUUUGCUCAGCUUCAGUUAAGUGUGAAUGGUAGACCAGCAGAUGCCCAUUGUGCAUGUGACGAAUCAUUUAAAUGUUUAGAAGUAACAGAAGUAAAUUCCUUAUAGUUUUACACACAUGGUGAAGCAUGUGUAAUGUACUCAUGCUUAUAACUGUUAAAAUUCAUUUACUGUUUAGAUUUUCUUUCUUUUUCUCCAACUGGCUUAGUAAUACACAAUGGCAUCUAAACUUAACAAUGGUGAUGAGUUUAAAAAAUUUACUGCUGACAGAAUUUUCUACAUCUCAAAACAUUCUGUAAAUUUCUGUGUGACAUUUAUCUUAUGGGUGUUAAACUUAAAACAUUUCCCUAUAUGUCAUUUCCCUACACAAACAGUUUUAUUUUGAAAAUAUGCAAUAAAAAACAGGAAUAACUAGCGUAUUUUCGAUUAAGUUUUUGUUAUUUGAACUGAGUCCAAGUCCAGAGUGGUCCAGAGUAGUUAUUCAGCAUCACUACUUUUGUACUGGAUAUGAUAAUCCAAUAAACAAAUUUUGUUUACAAAAAACAGACCUCCAUUUGCUCUGAAAUAAAAAAGAGUCCUAAAAUCGAACACUGGAAAAUGCAAUAUCACACUGAUUAAAGUCGUUAAGCAUGAAAUUACAAAGAAAACGAACAUGUUUAAUAAGGAAUUUGUAGUAGAUUCAUACUGUGAUACAACUGUCAUAAAGUUAUAAACAAAACUAGGAAGGUGAAUGACUUGUGAAUGGAAUUUUGUUAGUGAAAUAUUUGUAUUCUUUCAUUUUUGAUGUCAACUAACUAUGGUUUUAUAAAGACUAAUGAAUGUUAGUGCAAACCAUUUAUGUUACAUGAUAAAAUUAACAUGUUACCUCGUUUACGAAUAAGUUCAUCUUUCGUAGAUUUUGUGUAAAUUUUAGCUGUAAGCAGGGCCACUUAAAAUUAUCUCUCAUGUUGAGUUUCUAUUCAAUGAGUUAAAUACACUAAAUCAGCAAAGAAAUGACACUGAAGCACAGGAACUCAGUAUCUAUUAUGUGUGAAAUAGAUGCAGUAUUUCUCAUAAUCAUGAGUAACAGACAUCUGCCAUUUUAUUCCAACCAAGAAAGCAUAUUUUAAACAUAUACUUCUAAGAAUAGCACAGUUCAAGCACAAAAAUAAGAUUUGUUUACUACUUUAUAUAUGUUACUGGUAUGAAGACAGAGUCAGAUACAAAUUAUAUUGUUUAUAUAUUUGUACAUACAAAUGUCUAGGGAGCAAACAGAUAUUUAUACAAGUAAUAUAGAAUUCCAACUUGUUUACAUGUCAAGAUAAAAGAAAACUUUGUAUGAUAUAAUAUGUUGUUUCAUUUGGAAUCAUGAUUGUAUAGUCUAUGAGAUAGUAUUUAGUUAAAAUUAGUAGCAUACUAAAGAAAAUAACAUAAUUACUGACAUUAAAGUUUACUGAAUAAAUAAAUCUUGCUUCAUGUGUGCAGCUGUUAUUUUGCCAUAAGCACAUUCAGCGUAAUUUGAACUACAUUUUAUAGUAAUGAAUACAAUUUGUUACUGAUGAAAUACUGUUUCAUUAAUUAAGCUAGUGUUUUCCAAGAUUAUAUACAGAAAAUUUAUUAUUUUAAAUUUUGAUAUUAUGGUCUUUCAUUAAAUUUAUUUUGAAGUACAACCUCUACAUAAAAUUCACUUCAUAAAAUAGAAAAUCGUUAUUUUGAAGUAAAAGAACAUUUAGAGUGGAACAAAAUAAUUUUAAGCAAGAUGUAUUUACUCAUAGAACAAAAAACUGAUUUUUGUUCCAAUAAUAGUUCACAAUAAUAUUUGUUAAGGAUUUUAUGAAGCAGAGAAAGUGAUAGAUAUAAUUGUUAUUGUUGCUUGAUUUUAUAAUAUUACAUUUCAGUAAUAAAAUGUUGAAAAAUAAUUAUGGUUAACUCUAUUGGUG